GCUGUACUGUGAUAAGAAAGGUGUGUGGAGCUCAUCUGCACUCUCUGAUUGCUCUUCACUGUGGCUGCUCUAGGUGGCCCUUUGCCAUCCCCCAGCUAGUUCACAUUUCUGUGGCAUCCCUGUUCCAAGCACACCUGCUGUGAUGAGUUACUAGGGCUUAUUAACCAGCUCUGGUGUGAAUAGGGCUGAAGGCGAAUGGGAGGGUGGCUCAAGAGCCCGAGCAGAAUCUUCUGCUUCCUCGGGCCAUCUCAGGGCCAAAGAUGUCCAGCGAGGUGCAGAGACCGGACGAUAGCCCCAGCACGAGCGGAGGGAGCUCAGACGUGGAGCAGCGAGAGUCGGCCCCUCCGGAGCAGGAACGUGAGCAGGCGCAGCCCAAGAAGAAAGAAACCAAGAUCUCCAGCAAAACCGCCGCCAAACUCUCCACCAGUGCCAAGAGAAUUCAAAAGGAGCUUGCAGAAAUCACACUAGACCCACCGCCGAACUGCAGUGCUGGCCCCAAAGGAGACAACAUCUAUGAGUGGAGGUCAACCAUCCUGGGACCACCAGGAUCUGUGUAUGAAGGAGGAGUCUUUUUCCUCGACAUCGCGUUCACACCUGACUACCCGUUUAAACCACCCAAGGUUACGUUCCGUACACGGAUCUACCACUGCAACAUCAACAGCCAGGGAGUGAUCUGUCUGGACAUCCUGAAGGACAACUGGAGUCCUGCCCUCACCAUCUCCAAGGUCCUCCUGUCCAUCUGUUCCCUGCUCACAGACUGUAACCCAGCCGAUCCUCUCGUCGGAAGCAUCGCCACACAAUACUUGACCAACAGAACGGAACAUGACAGAAUAGCAAAACAGUGGACGAAGAGAUACGCCACAUAAAGGAAGCCGUCAGACCUACACGCUGUAAAUCCUCCCUUUUCCGUCCCUGUUGUACCUCUCUACCUCUCUCCCUGUCUUCUUAGAGCACACUCACCAAGUGCAACACUAUAUAUAUAUCUCGCCCCUCUACCCCAGCCUCUUAUAAACCUUUUGGUGAAGAGAACCGUUCUUUGUUCCUCGUUGACUUGAAAUCUUCUUUUUUAUACAAAGAGUAGACUGGGAUUUUAUUUUCCAAUUAUCUGAAUGUUUGAAUUAUCCUAGGAGGAAAAUAUUGUUGUUGUUGUUAUUAUUAUUAUUGUUGUUGUUGUUCAACUUAAUGUAUGUACAUCUUUACUUUUUAAGUGGCAUCAGGAACAAACAGGUUAUAAACCACACCACCACAUGUUCUGACAGAAGUCGACCACAGUACGUGCAUGUAAUAGGAUGCUAGUUUGCAUCCACUGGAACUCAGAGCUCUACCCUUUUGUUUGUAUGUAUUUUUUAAAACACGCUGUCAAAGAAGCCACUGGGGGGACAAAACGAUUAAAUAAAAUAAAACAAAAAAAACAAGUCUUGCUAGUGGAUAGAUCAGAAAUCACACAGACCUGUAUAUUGCUACGUACCACGUUUGACUGGCCAGUGAGGUUUGUUGUGCACUUACUUUAUGGACUACAUCCAAUAAAACACUGUGGCUGAACUGUAGCAAA